UCCCAAACACCUUCGCGAUGGCUAACGACCUUCCGAUAGAACAUUCGAUUCAACUGGUCUUCCGAUCCUGGAUACAUGCAACAAAUGUUCUUGUCGAUAGUGGAUGCUCCGCGCACCUGCUCAAGGUACUGUCUAAAGUUUGUGCCGGUCAUCAGGUCGAUCCAUCUUACGUUGAUAGUAUCGAAAGCUAUCUUCUUGUAACCUCCACUGAUCAGCCAUCAAUAAAUGGAGACGAGCUUGUUGGUUUGACUGAUAUUUCCUCAAAAACAUCUACAACUAAUUAUUUGAACUCACCAUUCACAAAAGGCACGGCAGCUACAGUUCCAAACGAUGCAACCCAGGUUGACCUCGACAAUGAGGAUGAAGAUGAGAGUGAUGAAGACGACAAAUCUGAUCUAGAUAAUCUGUUCGCAGUUUCGCCUCUCUUUGUGUCUGCGUGUGCCAGUCUUUCACAAUACCGGAACCCAGCGCCUCCGCUAGCCACUGAAGAGCGCACCCUUAACUCCCAAACUUGCCCGGUGGUUAGUCCAGACGCUCUUGCACUUGUAGUCACUCAGCAGAGCUCUUGGAAUCGGAAAGAGAACGACAACGGUCUUCCUCUAGGUCAACAUCCAAACGGUAUUCGAGGUGAGCUCCAAGGUUUCGAUUCGGGCAGAUAACUAACAGUUUCAUUCUACAGAAGCCUCCCUUUCCUCAAAGUCGUCGCGGAUGAACACGCAAGAACCACAAGUAACACGUCGAGAAGAAUCCAUCAGGGAAUCAGGAGGAUCUUCAAUCCCUCUAGACAUAUUACCCACGAUCCAGAGAAUUGCUGGUCCCGAAAUCAUUUCAACAUUGUGGCACUACCUCCAGAAGCAGAGAACUUCGCCAACAGGAAUGUAUGUGGCCGGCAAACAUGAGCCUACAGAGCUAGGAGACAUAGCCGAGGGUAGGAUAGAGAAGCUAUUGUCCAUAUACCAGCUGGCGUUCAAUGCGCUCUCCUCUGAUUGUUCUUACUUCCCAGAGCUUCCUCGUCGAUUAUAUCUAGCCAAUAUCUAUAUCCUUUACAGGCAGGAGACCGUGAUUCGAAGGCAACUUUCACGCCAGAGGAAGAGGCGAAAAUCAACAGACGGUAUCAAAUUCGCCAAAAAGUCUUUAAAUGAUAUCUUUAUUGAUUUGCUCCUCCCUCAGUUGCAAGGGGAAAAGAGCACACGUCAAAAUGCCAAGAAAAGGUUUGAAAAUUGGAUGGCAUUAGGAAGGAUAUGCGCAAAACUAGUAGAAUCCUUUGGGGCAGGUAUCUUCCUCCUACCGCGGGACCUGUCGAAUGAGAUGUAAGUUGUAAAAAGCAGGCCCAGCUUCCAUUGAACAGCUGAUUUGAUCAUUAUAGACUUCGAGCACUUACAUUACGGCAAGAAGAUGCCAUUAUAACGUAUAUACACCAUGUCUACCCAGGUUUGAAGUCUGACAUUCAACAUCUAACAACAUUCUUGUUGCACGUUGUUGAAGAACAGCGCCCACCAGACAUGAAAUUAAAGCUUGAGCUGUUGUCUGAGAACGAUAUGAUAUCUUAUAAGUGGGUAUCGCAGGCGAUAAAAGACUUGUUUGACUACUCAGAUGAGGUUGACUACACCUCAUUUUUAACGGAUGAAGCGCUUUCUUCAAGCGCGACUGAGUUACCACAUCUAUUUACAUUUUGAGAACCAGCAAGGAAAAUAGUACCAUAUGCUAGCGUUCACGACCUGUGGAGCAAAGGAUCGUUAUACAGUACCUAUUUCUCGUGGAUGCGAAGGGACAGGCGAUCUGUGAGAAGAUUUCUUUUCGUAUUAGUAGAACAGUAAUCCAUAUAAAUAGAAACCUA